AUGCAUGCAGACCCAUGGGAAAGUUUUGGGGGAGUUACUUGCCCAGAAACCAUUACAGCUACAACUGUGGGAAGAUUCUGCGCAAGCUGCCCACCCAGAACCUUCCCACAGGGGGGUGCCAUUUAUGGAAAGUUGGCAAAGAGCCAAAAACUGUAUAGUUCCUGGCUCCCAUUUGUAGCAGCUUCACAGGAGGUUGAGAAGGUUACCCUUCUUCUCAACUCAUUUCCUGUGAAGGCUGGGGCUAGCCCCCUCAAUACCCCAGCAACUAGGAGGAUCCCCCUGGGCCCUGACAGAAAUGGAACAAAAGUGUCUGAACAGAGACAAAGGGAAAUAUUCAUGGUCAAGGGUGCUGCAAGUGGGAAUGGACUCCUAAAGGGGAGAGAGGGGGAAGAAGAAGGGGGGGGGGUGUCAGGGACAGCUCUGAAAGCGGCGAGGUCCCAGCGUGCGGGACUCGGUGGGACGAAUAGCGGCUGUGCGUAG